CGCGGACAGCGGCGAUCCUGACGCCCGUGGAGCCGCAGACCAGCAGGAAGAUGAGCCUUAAGUCUGAACGCCGAGGAAUUCAUGUGGAUCAGCCAGAGCUCCUUUGCAAGAAAGGAUGUGGUUACUAUGGCAACCCUGCUGGGCAGGGUUUCUGCUCCAAGUGCUGGAGGGAAGAGUACCACAAAGCAAGGCAGAAGCAAAUUCAGGAGGAUUGGGAACUGGCAGAGCGACUUCAGCGGGAGGAGGAAGAGGCCUUUGCCAGCAGUCAGAGCGGCCCAGGGGCCCAGUCCCUCACAUUUUCCAAGUUUGAAGAAAAGAAAACCAAUGAGAAGAUCCCCAAGGUUACCACAGUAAAGAAAUUCUUCAGUGCUUCAUCCAGGGUUGGAUCAAAAACGGCAGAAAUUCAGGAAGCAAAAGCUCCCAGUCCUUCCAUAAACCGGCAAGCCAGCAAUGAAACGGAAGUGUCUAAAGAGUUCAUAGAAUUUCUCAAGACCUUCCACAAGACAGGCCAAGAAAUCUAUAAGCAGACCAAGAUGUUUUUGGAAACAGUGCAUUACAAAAGGGAUUUAAGCAUUGAGGAACAGUCAGAGUGUACUCACGAUUUUUACCAGAAUGUGGAUGAAAGAAUGCAGACUCGUGGAAAAGUGCCUUCAGAAAGAGUUGAGAAGAUAAUGGAUCAGAUCGAAAAGUACAUUAUGACUCGUCUCUAUAAAUUUGUGUUCUGUCCAGAAACUACAGAUGAUGAGAAGAAAGAUCUCACUAUUCAAAAGAGGAUCAGAGCCCUGCACUGGGUUACACCUCAGAUGCUUUGUGUCCCUGUUAAUGAAGAAAUUUCAGAAGUAUCUGAUAUGGUGGUGAAAGCAAUCACAGACAUCAUUGAAAUGGAUUCAAAGCGUGUACCUCGAGAUAAGUUGGCCUGCAUCACCAAGUGCAGCAAGCACAUCUUCAAUGCCAUUAAGAUCACCAAGAAUGAGCCAGCCUCAGCUGAUGACUUUUUACCACCUCUAAUCUACAUUGUCUUGAAGGGCAACCCCCUACGCCUUCAGUCCAAUAUCCAGUAUAUUACCCGCUUCUGCAACCCAAGCCGAUUGAUGGCUGGGGAGGAUGGCUACUAUUUCACCAAUCUGUGCUGUGCUGUGGCUUUCAUUGAGAAAUUAGAUGCUCAGUCUUUGAAUUUAAGUCAGGAAGAUUUUGAUCUAUACAUGUCCGGCCAGACUUCUCCCAGGAAGCAGGAAUCUGAGAAUUGGUCUCCUGAUGCUUGCUUAGGGGUUAAGCAAAUGUAUAAGAACUUGGAUCUUCUCUCUCAGUUGAAUGAAGGGCAGAGGAUCAUGAGUGAAGCCAAGAAACUUGAAAAAGACCUAAUAGAGUGGACGGAUGGAACUGCAAAAGAGGUUCAAGACAUUGUUGAGAAAUAUCCGUUUGAAAUUAAACCCCCAAAUCAAUCUUUAGCAGCUUGUGACUCUGAAAAUGUUGAAAAUGAUAAACUUCCUCCACCAUUGCAACCUCAAGUUUAUGCAGGAUGAUAAAAAUUUACAUGGGUAGUAUUUAUUUGAGCCUAAAUUGUAGCUAGCCCUUACUACAGUCCAUGAUUGGGAUCUAGACUAUAACUUAAUUGCUUAUAAAUGUCAAAGCAUUUUUAA